CCCUAGUCAAUAACUCCUCGAGCCCUCUCUCUCUCUCUCUCUCUCUCUCUCUGUCCGUGUCGAAAAUGGCAACCGCAUCGUCGUCGUCGUCAGCAUCAUCUGGGGUUACAGAAAGAAGAGGAAUACCAGCAGCUGCUUUCGUGGAAGAUGUACACACCUACCUCUCUCAAUUAGGUCUCGAUGUCAACUCCGCCCUCUCUUUCCUCCAAGAAAGGCUUCAGCAAUACAGGUUGGUCGAGAUGAAACUUCUUGCACAGCAGAGGGAUCUUCAGGUUUAUUUCUUAUUAAUGUUCCUUCUCUGUACCUAAUAUGCUUCACAUUGUAUUGCUUUAAAGUCAAAUAUUAACAACUGUUGGUGCCUUGAUAGUGGAAGAAAAAACAAAGUUUAUGAACUGGUUGUUGAAAGUAAAAAAUUAUGAUUGGGGACUAAAGAAGGACCACACCACACUCUUCAUGUACUAAAAUUAUGAUAGAUUAGCUUGUUCUUUCCAUCAUAUUUAAUUUUUGGGGUGAUCUGUGAUAACAAAUACCGAAGUUGCACUUGAAAUGGAUUAAUGAUAUUAGGCAUCACAAUUCUGCAAAGUUAAGCCCAAGACCAUGUGUAUGAGCAUUAUGGCAUGUGUCCUUGAGCAUUAUAGAUUGUUAAC